AUGCCGAGCCCAAAGCUCCGUGUGCGGGGCGCGGGAGAGGUCCCGCCGCUGCGUGACACCGAUGCGAUGCACUUUUUGUUUUACAGGAAGGAAUCGCCCGCGCUGCCGGGCCGGCCUGGUCCCGCAGCGCGUUCCCGAACACGCUCCCCGCUCGGGGAGGCGGCCCCCCGCGGGAAGGGCUGCCUGGUCCCGCUGGAGCCGGUGGGACCACCAACUCCCCCGGUAACACCCGUGGCAGGGGGCUAUCCGCCACAUUCCCCCACGAAGGAUUCCCCCCUCGCCCCUCAGCAGAGCCCUGGCCCCGGCUCGUUGUGCCUCUCAUACCCCUCCCGCUGCUCGCCCGGGAUUACCAAAGAAUUGUGUGUAAAAGAGUGGGACUUUUACGGCAGAAACUUAAUGAAGCUUUAUUUUGGAGGAUGGAUAAAAUAUAAUUUGCUGAAAAGGAAUGAGAAAAGCCAGUGGAAGAUGGCUGUAGGAUAAGUCCAUUGUAAUGUCCAAAUAUUAAAAAUUAUUAUACAGAAAUGGAACAUGUGGGUGCAGACUGACAGGGAAAAAAAGACGUGUAACUCUAGAAUUGCAGAUUUUAAGUGUUGUAUAUCAGAUAUUUCAGCAUGUGAUGGUGUAUUUCAGUACUGCAAAUGGUUAUGGAUAUGUGACAUUUUACAUACACAUGUAGAAAAUAUUAUGCAGAAGUGACGUCCAUGUGUGUUAUGUUGGAAUCCUUGAGGCUGCUGUUCUUUUUCCUGGCCUAGCUUUAAACCAUCUUUUGCCCAUUGUUGGACUCUCUCCAGUGUGUCCAUGUCUCUCAUGCCCAGAACUGAACUCAGUACUCCAGGUGUGGCCUCACUAGAGCUGAAGGGAAAAAUCACCUCUGGAUCUCUUGGCAACACUCCUAAUGCAGCCCAGGAUAGCACCCAUCUUCUUUGUGGCAAGGGCACAUCACAGGCUCAGGUUCAGCCUGGUGUUCAUUAUAGUGCUGAAGAAAUCUAUUUAAAUCUGUUGUAUAGAGAUAGUACUAAUGGAACUCUAUGACUAUUGACAAACUUCCCCAGUUUACAGUAAAUGAGUUUAGCUCACAGCAGAAAAUUCACAGACAAAAGUUUACCAUACCUGGACUCUUGAAAAGGCUGUCACAAGAUCAUCUGCUUGGAAAUUCCAGGUUUCAUUCAGGUUUGUACUGAUGUCUUCAGAAAUACUGCCAAUGGCUACAGUUGGAUUCAAGAUUUGCUAAUCAGCAAAAUGUUAACUCUUACAGAUAGAUGUGUUUAAGCUCUGGUUGAAAAAUGCCAACAGAUAAGGUCUGUUUUCUUUCUAGACUCUCCAAAACUUUCUGACACAACUCUUAAAGCCCUUGCAGAAUGUAAGCUUUUGAAGGUCAGCAUUGAGGGGAAUAACCAAAAUACUGAUUUAAGUUUCAAGCUGAUGAAUAAAUGCUGCCCAUACAUCAGGCACAUUCAUGUGGCUGAUUGCCAGAAGAUUACAGAAGUUGGUGUUAAGAUGAUUUCACCAUUGAAACAUAUUUUUGUACCAAAUAUGGCAAACUGCAUAAGGGUCAGUGAUGGAGUGUAAGUGGUCAGUGUGAGGCCAUUUGUACAAGGUUCUUCAGGAGCUAAGCUAAGAGACCUGACUGGCUUGAGAGUACUUGGCUGCCAUGGAAAAAUAUUGGAACUUCCUAUAUCACAAUACAAAAACUCAGUGGCAACAGGAUUCAGUGAGUUCUGCAAGGGCACAGAAUACCUGGAACACUGCCAUGUCUCUUACUGCCCUCAGCUGACAGAUGAAGCUGUGAAAAAAUUGGCAUUUUACUGCCACAGACCGGCAUCUAUCAACACAGUGGGUUGCCCAAAGAUGAUUGAUACAUGUAUCCAAUACUUGGCUGCAGUCUGCCAUUAUCUCUCCAUCUUGUACAUCUCAAGUUGUAUUCAUCUUACUGACAACCUGAAAUAUCUUUGGAAAGGCUGUGAGCAACUCCAGAUUCUCACAACACUGUACUGUAGAAAAAUUACUAAACAAGCUGUCUUGAAAUCCACAGCUGAACUGGAGAAACAGGAACAUAAUGAUGGACCUCCUUCCUGGCUUGGCUAUGACCAGGAUGGUAACAUAACCACUUCACCAAAAAAUACAGAUCAGAGCCCGAAAAAACAAAUUCUUUAAAAUGAAAAAUGA